GUUUCAACUUGCUAGCUAUGCACAAGUACGCAUCCAAGGAACCGAGUACAAUCAUAUCAAAUCAUAUCAUAACAUCCUAUCCUAUCAGAUGAAAAUCCUCCCUCCACUGCUUCCCCAGCCUUCGCCCACCGCAUUUCUAUCCGAUGCCGAAACAGACUUCAGCCACCGUGACAAGCCCCUUCGUUCUCUUCCCCAAUCAUCAGAUGCCGAUUUCAUCUCGGGGCAUCAAACGCCGACAAUUGCCUUCUUUUGCGGUUGGGGAACUCAUUGAAAAGAGCUAUGGAUAGUCUGACACGGCGCGGGAGAAGUCCGUCACCAUUGUUGUCGGCUUCUGACGAUUGUGGUGAAGCUUCCAUCCUGCUGUCCCUCACUCGUGGACAAUUUCCUGGUUCGAAAUAAUAAUAUUAUUUUCUUGUUUGUUUCUAGAAGAGCUUCACCUGCGUCGUGGGCGGUGGUGACUUUUAUUUAGAUCUGUAAAGAGCGUCGCAAUUCCUCGACUUGGUUGCUUGCAACCCGCUAUUCGUUUCCUCUGCGUGCUACGGUCCCUGCUCCCUGGGAUUCCGGUCCGCAGUCCUCUUUUUUGUGAGGGUGCUGUUUCACAGCUCACAGUUGCAGGAGAUCGCGUAACUGCGACAACUCCGGCCGAAAAGAUGUCGAAGCUCAUAGACUACGCGGAGGUGCAAAAGCACACCUCCAAGGACUCGUGCUGGGUCAUCCUCUACGGUAACGUGUGGGACGUGACAGACUUCCUCCCCUCCCACCCCGGCGGCGCCCAGAUCAUCCUCAAACUCGCCGGCAAGGACGCCACUGAAGAGUACGAUCCCAUCCACCCUCCAGGCACCCUGGAAGAGAAUCUCCCCGAAUCCGCCCGCCUGGGCCCUAUUGAUCCCAAGAGCCUGCCGGAACCAGUCAAACCGGCGAAAGAUGUUGGACCAGCACCCGACACGAAGGCAGAGGUCGAGCUGCCAUUGCAGGCCAUGUUGAACCUCGACGAGAUCGAAGCCGCCGCUACAAAGAAGCUGUCCAGAAAGGGAUGGGCAUAUUACUACUCCGCCGCUGACGACCUGGCAAGCAAGCAAUUGAACAACACAGUCUAUCGCCAAAUCCUUCUCCGGCCGCGCGUGUUCGUGAACUGCCAGGACUGCGACCUCCGCACCACCUUUCUCGGGCACAAGCUCGACCUGCCCAUCUUCGUUUCCCCAGCCGCCAUGGCUCGCCUGGCUCACCCCGAUGGCGAAUGGGGCAUCGCACAGGCGUGCAAGAAAUUCGGGGCCAUGCAGAUGAUCUCCAACAAUGCGAGUAUGACCCCGGAGCAGAUCGUGAAGGAUGCGGGGCCCGAUCAAGUGUUUGGAUGGCAGUUGUAUGUGCAGACCGAGCGGAAGAAGAGCGAGGAUAUGUUGGCCAGGAUCAACAAGUUGGAUGCGAUCAAGUUCAUAUGCCUCACACUCGACGCACCUGUCCCAGGCAAACGAGAGGAUGAUGAACGCGGAAAGUUUAUCGUAGAAGAUACGAGCCAGGCCAUCAAGGACGCUGGCGGUGCGGAGUUGAAGGGCGGCGGCGGCAUCGGACAAAGUCUGUUCUUUGGCACGGAUCCGACUUUGACCUGGACAGAAACGCUGCCUUGGCUGAAGAAGCAAACCAGCAAGCCGAUCAUUCUCAAGGGCUUGCAGUGCCAUGAAGACGCAUACAUUGCUGCACAGCACGCGCCACAGGUCAGGGGCAUCAUUUUGUCGAACCAUGGUGGUAGGGCUGCAGAUACAGCACCGCCGUCCGUGCACACCCUAUUAGAGAUCAGAAAAUACUGCCCCGAGGUCUUCAACAAGAUUGACGUGGUUGUGGACGGUGGUAUCAAGAGAGGAACGGACGUGGUCAAGGCACUGGCCCUGGGUGCGAAGGCUGUUGGUAUCGGUCGUGCCGCGCUCUUCGGUCUAGGUGCCGGCGGCAUUGAGGGAGUGGAGAGAGUGCUCGAAAUACUCCGGGAUGAGACCGCCACGGCAGCGCGGUUGUUGGGUGCUGCAAAGGUGACUGAUCUGGGUCCGGUGCAUAUCAACACCAGAGCUGUUGAGAGGGAUAUUUAUGACGGACCCGCUAAUCUGCCCGGCCUGGAAGGCGCCAUGAAGGGUCUAUGGGUGAAGGCGAAGCUGUAAUCGGGAUUCUGAAGGCGAGACAUUCAGGCAUUUCGCGAGGCGUUCCUCCCUGACAUCUUGGGUCCAUGUGUUGAGAUAGCGAAGCACAAUGAUUUGGGAAUAGACGGAGGCAAGGACAGCUGUGCCCUUCUGACCAAAAUCCAGAAGGUGCGGUUUUGUUUCAAAAUGCUUCCUGGCCAACACCGGCUC